CUGCAAUCCAUGGCAUGCGCGUCCAGUGACAUCAGCUACUCUCGCAGACUUCACUACUCGCACAUGUACUAUUACUCUUUCUAUGCGACUCUCACUGCCUGCCGGCCACGGGCUACCAUUGUCAAUUAAUACGCUGCUCCUCGCGCACUGAUAUGGUUAUGAACUACCUACCCAUUCUCCUGCUAAAACGAAUGGUGUAGCGCUCUCGCUGAAACAUCAUCCGCCGGCAUCACCCCCUCAUACUGGGUACGCUCUGACGAAACGGCCGCACGUGCUGAACCGGCAAACUAUCCAAGUUACAGGGAACCAUCAAACAGCUGCCUGAGCUGCGUGGGCUAGUCGUCGUCUACUUCUAUUCCGAUCUCAUCUGUUCACGCACUCGUAUUGCACCACCGAUUGCAGCAGCAGCAGACAAAUGCCAUCUCCACCUCCAGCAUCCUUACGAUAUCUCGACUGGAUGCUGCGCUGAGAAAGAGUAGGGGCCGCGCUGUGCUGACGACAAAAUGGGCAACAGCUCGUCCAAAGAUGAGCGCAGGUCCGCAAGACCAAACCAGGCUACCACCCAAGCACAAUCAGCGCCUCAACAACCAUCCGGUGAACGGCGAGUAUACAUCAGGGCGAGCGGGGUCGCCAGUGCUCGGGGAAGCAGCCAGAAUCUGUUUCUUCGCCUUGGGCGCAGUGAGCGAGAUGGCGACGGUGAAACGGCACAGCCAGAGCGGCCUCGGGAAACAAAGCAGGAACGAGAGGCACGAAGAGCAGAGCGCGAACGGCAGGCACGGCUGAAGGAACGGGAACGCAGUAUGCGAGAGGAACACGUGGAUGGAGGGUAUCUCGUGACUGUAGGCGUCUACGUUGGGCCCGAGGAUUUCAACAAACAGAUUGUGAGACAGCUUCAGAUCGAGCGGAAGCUGGCCCCAUUCUGGAGAGGACUGAAUGACCACUCCGAUGCAUGGACAGAAGCACAGCUAGUCGCCGCUGCAAAGGGACUACCUAUACCAGCUGCGGACGAAGUGCCGCCAGAGAUGGGCAGGACCGCUUCUCAAGCCUCGUCGAGUCCUCGUUCUGAUGUGAAUGUCAACAGCUUAACCGUACCGAUCACCAGCAGGUCACAGUCAUAUCAGUCAGACGUGUCUGCCUCGCUGUCUGCUUCUCAUCCCGCAUUCUCCUCGAGGCCUUCGUCGCCCACCAAUGCUGGAAGUUCUAUGUUCCGAGGUCGAGCGAAAACACUCGCAUCCUUGGCCAGCGGAACCAAGAACCAAUCAUCAGACCUCACCCCGCAAGAGGUCCGGUUACCUAAUGAUCCGAAUGUCAAUGGACAGCCUCUGGAAGCAUAUCUCUACAAAGAUGCCAUAGAGUGUCCGAUAUGCUUCAUGUAUUAUCCACCAUAUCUCAACAGGACACGAUGUUGCGAUCAGGACAUCUGCUCAGAAUGUUUUGUACAAAUCAAACGGCCAGACCCACAUCCACCUGAGCACGAACAGCCUGGACAAGAACGGCCAUCAGGGGAGGAAGCUGAACAACUUGUUUCCGAAGAGGCAGCUUGUCCAUUUUGCGUAACGCCACAUUUUGGCGUGACAUACGAGCCACCAUCAUUCCGACGUGGAUUGGCAUAUGCACACCAAAAUGCCGGAUUGAGACCUCAGGCCCCCGCAAUGGCAUCUUCUACCUCGCUGCAAGCGCCAACAGGACGUCGUAGGGCUACGUCUCUGUCAGCCAAUGCGCCUGGGGUGGUCACUACUGAUACUGUACGGCCGGACUGGGCGAAGAAGCUCUCAGAUGCCAGAGCAAACGCGCUUCGAAGAUCGGCAGCAGCUACUGCUUUGCACAAUGCUGCAUACAUGCUUGGCGGACAAGGAGAUUCAACCGGUCGUGCGGGCUUUGGCCUCGGCAGGCGACGGAGAACGUUGUUUGGAGAUAGUCCUGGUGCUAGUGGCAGUGGAUCGCCACACGAGGGUGAAGGCAACGAUAUCGCAGGUGGUAGAACAAGCUCCCGACGCACCAGGGCUGAAGAUCUGGAAGAUCUCAUGAUGAUGGAGGCAAUAAGACUGUCUCUUGCUGCAGAGGAGGAGCGGAAGCAACGAGAAGAGAAGCUGGCUGCUAAAGAUGCCAAGAAGAAGGCGAAGUUGGACAAGAAAGAGGAGAAGAAGGCAGAAAAGAUGGCAAAGAAGACGGGCCGAAGUGGCUCGCUAUAUCAACUUGGUACGAACGAAAGCGCAAGCAGUUGGGCUGGCACUAGUGGGAUGGUGCGUUCGACAAGUAAUCUAGGUGCUCAACCCACGAUACCGGAGGAACAAGUGCAGGGUAAAGGGAAGCAGCCUGCUCAUGACUUUGCUGGGUUCAACCCCUUGACAGAGCCCACCUCGACGCUAAAUCGGCGUCCAUCAUCUCCUUCCACUGCCGAAAGUGCACAGCAGCACUUAGAAGCUCAGCGAGCACGGUUCGAGUCCCAUUCCAGUCCAAUUCCGGCUCCCGCUAAGCAUGGCCAACACCUCCGCGAUACAUCAGCAACGUCUGGCGUUUCUUCCGUCGCGUCGUCAUACUCGGGCCAGAACUCGGGUUUCUCCUCGCACAAUGCUACUGGCGUCGAUGUCAGCGCUGGACAGCUGGAGAGCACUUCGACGAGGUCGGGGACGAAUGCUGUGGCCGGCGGCGAACCUAUGCUCAACUUUCGCUCUCUGACAGCGAUGAUUGAGUCAGACGACAAGUCUAAUUCGCAACAUCUUGAACAUGUUGAGCCAUCAAGCCAAGCAGCCGAACAAUUGAAGGAGCCGUCUCCUACUGGCUCACCGCGUAUACCACCCACAUACCUUUCCGGUGAUGGUAAUCGAUCACGAGGCGACAGUGGCGAGUCGUCCAGCUCGGCUCCACCACCAGUGUAUGUCGAGCAACAUAGCGAGGUCAAGCACGACAAUGAUGUAAUCACGCCUGCACCUCAGCACUUUGCUGUACACCAUCCAGACCAUAAGGAGGCCUGUAAAGUGGAGUUUGUGGACCAUGGACACGAACGCGUUGGAGAGACGUGACUGCUAACGUCACGGACACCGUGAUCACAGGUCUACCUUGCAGUAUGAGGCCCUGAAGAAUACAUAAGCAGCAGUGGGGCGUUCACAGACUGAUCCGAAGCCAUCUGGAGAUUUACAGUGUUGGGCGCGACGUUCACUAGCGAAGGCGAAGGAAAGGAUGUCAAUUCAUUUGUAGAGGCAUGUCGAUUCACGAGGAGACGACUUUAGUAUUGAACUCAUUAAGAAUCUCAAGGAGGAGGAGAGACUCGAGAGUACUUGUAAUAAACAAGCACUGCAAGAAGCCAGUGGGAGAACAGCUUUACGAUAGUAAUAUUUCAAUGGCGAGUAGGUGAAAGAACGUGAAACAUGGGACGUGUUGUUGUGACAACUGAACUUGCUUCACUACCUACGGCAUGUUCCGUCAGCAAGUCACUAUUGGCGAAGCGACUUACCACAAGAACUUCCUCACCUCAACUUAACAACAGACACC